GCCCUCUAUAAAUGCAGAUUGAAAUCCCAGCAACUUGACAACAAAAGACAUUUACCGCAAAAAAGUAGGGUUUUUGUGACGAAAAAUCCAUGAAUCAAACGAGUUUAUUUGAAAAUCCUUGCGCGGAGUGAGAAAAAUAAUCAUUUUAGUGUAUAGGUUUCGUGUGAAAGUAUGAAGAGGCGAAAUGCUGAGAUUGCCAAAAUGAGAAGACCCGUGAAAAAGAACAAAAUCACUGAGGGAUUUUACGGAAGCACUGUAUUAUACUUGAAGUUUGUCAUCCUGUGGGUGUUGGUAAUUUUGGCCGACUUCAUCUUGGAGUUCCGAUUCGAGUUCCUGUGGCCGUUCUACCUGCUGUUACGCUCUGUGUAUGACUCGUUCAAGUACCAGGGACUGGCCUUUUCGGUAUUCUUCGUGUGCAUCGCGCUGACGUCAGACAUGCUGUGCUUCUUCUUCAUCCCAGUGCAUUGGCUGUUCUUUGCCGCCAGCACGUAUGUGUGGGUGCAGUACGUGUGGCACACGGACAAGGGCAUUUGUCUGCCCACCGUCAUAUUAUGGGUACUGUUUGUGUAUCUUGAAGCGGCGGUUCGGUUGAGGGAUAUCAAACAUAUGCCUGGGCAUCUGGAUUUGUGCAGGCCAUUUGCUGCACAUUGCAUAGGUUAUCCAGUGGUGACGUUAGGUUUUGGCUUCAAGUCGUACAUAGGUUACCGGAUACGUCAGCGCAAACAGCAGCACGUCGCGAAAGAGAACCAGUUCUACAUGCAGCUGAUGCAACAAGCAUUGCCGGCGGAGGCGGUCAAACCGCCUCCGCCACCCGCUGCACCCAAUAACCAAGACUCGGGCCAAUCGCAACACGCGGCCAUCGAGUCGCCGCAGGCAGCCACCGUCACCGCACAUUCGACGACUAAUGUACAAAAUAAUCAUAAGUUACAUAAUAGUAGACAAUCUCACGAGAAGAAUGGUCACAUACCAAAUGGUACAAUAGCAAAUGGUGUACACACGUCGUACAGCAGCAAAUCACAUCAUCGCAAAUCGGUCGAAAAAUGCAGAGACCAACACGACCAGCAACACGAUCACAGGCAUACCGACAGACAGCAGCGAUCUUCAUCGCACGCGCAUCAGAACGGUUCAGUACAGUCCGGAACUAGCGCACACAGUCACAGUGCCAGUGGGGGGCAACAGACCUCCACGGACGGCGACUGCAGUUCGACGGGGAGUUCUCAGCCUAGCUCUCCCGUGUUGGAACAUCCUGAGGGAAUGUUGCUGCGUGGAGGUAGAAGCAAAAAGGAAAAGAGAGAACAGGACAAAGAUCGGGAAGCGAACGAGUACCUGCAGAGGCUGGAGAGCGACGCGAAAAGGCUCAGGUCGGAUUUGCAGAGUAGCAGGGCUAGCGAACAGGAGCUCAGGUUGCAGGUUGCUGCAUUGACGACGGCAGACAAAGUGUCGAAAGGCGAAAUAUCCUCGUUACAGCGGGAGCUCGAAGAUAUUCAGCAGCGAUUACAGAGCGCCUUAAGUACAAAAUCAUCAGAUAAACAGACGAUAAGCAACUUGGAGAGACGGAUAGCCGAUGAGAGGCGACUCAGGUCCAGUUUGGAAUCACAGCUGAACCAAGAGAGGAAAAGUCGGAAACAGGAGGAGGCCAGAGCUGCUCAGGCGGUUGCCGCCCAGCAGCGCGAACAAGCGGCAGCGGCAGCAGCUGUAGCGGCGGCGUCACAGCAGCAACGCGUCAGCGGUGAAUGCGGCAGCGACCAAUGCCGACAGAGGCGGCGCGAGCUGGAAGCCGAAUUGGCUGAGGCGCGCAGGGAGGCGAGAUGGCACGAGGAACGGGCACAGCAGCUGGAAAGGGAUGGUGCGGCGAUGGCAGAACGUGCCAGAGACGCCGAUUUACUGAUGUCGGCGUUAAGCGCGAUGCAGGAGAAAAACGCUCAUCUGGAGAACUCCUUAAGCGCAGAGAACAGAAUCAAAUUGGAUCUGUUCAGCGCGCUAGGAGAAGCGAAACGACAGUUGGAGCUCAGAGAAACCGCGAAUCGUGCCCAAGAAAAGGAGAUCGAAGAGCUGAAAUCGAAGAUCGCCCAAGUGUUGGCGGUAAUGCCGAACGACACUCUGGGGCUGUCAACAGGCUCCGCCUCCAGUACAAUCAGUCGCGUGCGAUUGGCCGAAAGUCCCCCCUCCAAUUUGGACCCCAACGCGACGGCCUACACGCCCAAAGGGUCGCUGGUCGCGUCCACCGAAGCCUAAAACUCUUGUCGAUCCUCCUCGUUCGUUCGUUCCUUCGUUCACGUUCGUUUUGUCAUUGCCCAUCUCCAUUUUUUUCUAUCUGUAUAUGUAGGAAGGUUGCAAGUAUUUUGAACUGCCCAUUUUAAGGUUUUUUUUUUGUUAUUUGACGGUUGUGGUGGUAAUAACUAACAUACCAGCAGUUAGCUCACUUUGAUUUGAACAUGCCAAACAGUCGUUUAAAGAAAUAUUUCAAAGAACCUGCUUGCUAGUAGUAAGGUCCGCCCGAAACUUCGGAGUUUGCCUUAUUUUUUGAUUUCGAAAAUAUGCAGACAUUUUAGGUCAGCGAUUUUAGCAACAAUUGAAACACUUAUCAAAAGACACUAGCGAACAUUAACACAUAGGCUCUUGUAUCAAUAUUUUCUGUUGAAAUUGGUUAGAUAAUGAAACAUUUUUUUGAGCUACCGGUUAUUACCAGUGUAUACAAUAUGUCUAAUCACUCAGAAAACAAACGUUCGAAGAUAGAAAAGCCAGUUUUCGUGAACAAAUCAUAAUGGUAGUUGAAUUCGACUUUAUUUAACUUACACCAUGUCAAAAAAUAAUAUGAUUCAAAUUGUCACUUUAUUUUAAAAACUACCUUUAUUGCAAGGUAUAAUUUUGAAAAUGUUCCUUUGUAUCGGGUAUUUAAUCAGUAGCUCUGGGUAUAUGUAGCUGUUAAUUUAACAUUUCAAAUGAAGUUUCUCUUUUUUGUUGUUGUAAAGAUCGUCUUUAACAGAGUCGGUCAAGAUUUGAUUUUUCAUUUCUGGAACAGUACGCGUGUCAAAAAAAAUAUUUCCGGAAUUAUCUGUUUAUUUCCGAAAACCCUUUGAAUCCAACAUUUUUGUAGGUGCGGCUUUUUGAUAUAUGUAACUAAAAUGUUGCUCCAAUUUGACUAAUUUUGUAUCUCUUUCUUACAUUAUUUCACUCCAAAUACAACAGCUUUAUUGAAGUAAGGUAUUUAUAAUCAUGGGAAUAUCAUCACGUUUUAUCUAAUAUCAACAAGUUUCGAUGUAAUACUGCAUUAGAACAUAGAUACACAGACAAACGAUCGAUAAUCUACCACUUUAUCCUUAUAACACAACCCUUGUCUAAUUUUUCAAAACGAGGGAAUAGAAUAACUGAUAGAAAGUGGGCAUCACCUUUCGAGAAAUUGUAUUCUUUGACCUUGAUGAGCCAGUUACUUUCCAUGACAUUCCCUUGGAAAAUAUUGUAGGUUAUUGAAAGCGGGAGUCUAGCCGUAUUCUGAUGUCUAACGAAGUUAAUUUUCAUAGGACUCCAUUGUCUGGCCCAAUGAAACUAUUGUACGAAGUUGUUGCCAUGGUGGUCUUUUUCAAGUUCAAUAAUGACAGUACUUGAAAAAGCGCAUCGUGGUGGUCAAAACGUCGUACAAUAAAAAUGAAUUUAAACAUACAUGUGGUUUUCUUGAGCCAUACAAAGGAGUUCUGUGACCAUAAGAAACACAGGAUAUGUUUCAAGAGUUAUGUUGAUGUUAAUUUUGCCACGAAACAUUUAAUGAUAUGAAAAACCUAGGGUCUUAACUAUCUUGCCGAAAAUGGAUGCAAAUAAGUAUUACAUAAAUGUCAAAAGCUAUAAGAAAAGUGCUGGAACAAGGCCCACCCCUCUCGUUUUCAGGAAUUGUAAAGCGCAAACGGUGCUAAAGAAAGCUUUAACACUUACACAGGCCCACAACAUAUAGUGGUAUGUGCCUGGGGUCCCACUAUGUUUUCCCCAUGCACUUUUUCUCGCUGAACACAAAUCAAGUCAGAAUUGACGAUCGCAGGACAAAUUUUAGAAAAAUCGUAUGAAAACUAUGAAAACCAUCAGGACCACAAAACUAAAAAGUGGUAUUUUCCUGGUGAACUCGUGUUCGUAUCUGAAGUCAGAAUUGCGGGUUGCUGGACAAAUAAGAAUGUAAUUCAGACAAUAUCCCACAUUUUGGCAUUUUUGGUGGAUGUGCAUCUCUUUAGAUCCCUUAAAGAUGAAUAUCCAUCAGCAAUGACAAUCUCAGUUACUUUCUUAUUUGUCCAGCGACCCCCAAUUUUGACUUCAGAUUCGUGUUCAGCGUGAACAAGUACAUGGGGAAGACAUAAUGGCACCCCACGCACAUACCAUUUUUUAUUUUACGGAGCUGGGUUAUUCGAUAUGAAAUAGGAUACCAUAGCAUCAUCUAUGAGAAUUUAUCACAGCCAUUGUUCUCCUCCCCACACUAAUUCGAAAUCUACUUUGAAAUUAGGUUGGCUUUCUUCAGGUUACGUUAAUCAAUGCUUUCUCACAUCUGUGGCAAUUCUAGACGCACUGACUGGUGAUAUGUUACCACCAAGUACUAUUAACAUCAAAAAGUUAACAUCAUUAAAAUGGUUUGUUCAAAAUGGUCGCAUCCUGUCUAUCAGUCUCUUCUUCCGAUCGUAUCGACAAAUCGAACGCGCAAAUUGGGAAGGUGACAGUUUGAGCAAGAAAGUUUACAUAUUUUAUAGUAUUUAUGCCAAAACCACAAAACACCUUCGAUUCGAUUUGUACAUUUUCGGUUCAAACACAUAUAAUCUGUAGAUUUUCUUGCCAAACUUCACAUAUGAAAACUAAUUGAAAAAAUGUGGAUAUAGUGGUGUAAAAUCGUUUGUAAUGUCCCUUCUUAGGAGUUCAAUAUUUUGUAGAAUGGAGUGACUUGCAGCACAUUUAUUUGUAUAUACUGUGAAAUCGAAGAUUUAUUUGAAAAACAGGUAAUACAGGUUUCGCCUCAAGGAUAAGUUACACUGUUUAUUUUACCCAGGUAAUUGGCGCCAAAUUUUGAAGACUUUUUAUCUGUAAAAUUACGCAUAUAUCCUGAGUAGUCCAGACUGUUCCUGCUAGAUACACAGAAUAGAAAAAUGUCAUUACAUUAAAUCACAGGUUACAAAUCUGUGAGUUCUUUCGCGACAGUCUACUCACGGCCGUUUAACUGAACCGAUAUUUUGUCAGAAUAUCCACAUUUUUUUUUAGUCGUAUCCCGAUUUUUGAACCCCCUUAUCAUUUUUUUCUUCCCUAUCUCGACUUCUCGACCCAUCAUAUUGAGUAACGGUAUCAUGUGCUGAUGCUAUAUUCUUUUUUGUUAAGUUUAUGCCUAUGUCGUUCUCUUUACCGAUUUUCCAAUUUCAAAAUUUCAAAUCCUCCGAACUACAAUAUUUAGAUGUGGUUUUUACUAGACUGAGAAUUCUUGCCAAUGCUUCAGCCUCGCAUAUAGUUUCAUCAGGACAUCACAUAAUGAAUUGGUGUAAGAAAUUUUCAUUGUUGGAUGACGUUUUUAGUGUUUUUGUUUAGUUUUAUAUAAUCAGAGAUUUUGGAGAUUUCAAAAAGAUGGCUUUUGAAGGAGGUACCCACUUUUUAGCAUGCAUGGGCCAUUUUUUCGUUAAUGCGAUCAAGAUAUACACAUUUUUGAAGCUAAACUUGUAGUGUUUCGUCCAUUUAUUUUAAUUACAUACGUAAUUAGUUGUGAUAUUUUUCCGUUGAAAAUUGUGAUUUGAUAUAUACCUCCAGCUCUGUUUUGAAAUCUUCAGGUGCAAACAUAGAUUGACAGCUGACAUUUUGAGUGCCUACUUUAAUGAUGAAUUAAUGCAACUUUUUUUGUAAAUAUUUUGAUAUUUGUGAAAAUAUUUUUAUUGUUAGGAUCUGACACUCAUUUGGAUAAAUCGUUUGAAACCGCAAUUUUUCGCAACUAUUUUCAACCAUUGUUCCUGGAUUACGUUUUCCGAGUAUGGAACAUAAAAGUGCAGUGAAUUUUACAAAAAAUGGAAAAUUUGUGCGACGGAGAACGACAGAGGUUGAUCGUUAUUUGCGUAAUACUUUUCGUAAUCUCGUUUAUUAGCUUAAACUGAUGUGAUAUGAUUAUUUAUAAUUGUGGUACCUAAACUUGGAGGUAUAUCAGCCCCUUCCUAUACCUAUUUAUACAGGAUAGUCUGAAGUUCAAUGAAAACUGUCCCGUUUCAUCUAUUGCUGUUUCGCUACACAUUGGUUUUCAUCACACAGGUUUUACAAAGCGAAAAUUCAAAUUAUUUAUUCUUGGUAGCCAAUGUGUAUAAUAAAUCUUGCAACCUUUGAUCAACAUAUUCCACAUGAAGAAUUUGAGACAGAUAUGAGACAGUAGCAGGACAUAACAAUCAAUUGAAACGUUGAAAAGCGUGUUUAGUAGAGAUGCAGUUUGGAAAGUAAAACAAUUACAGAUGCGUUAUUUUUGAGCUAUAGGUACAGUCGGGUAAUAUGGCCCAGUUUCAGUUCGAGAGCAAUACAAAAAUAAAUGCCAACAAAUAAAAAAAAUAUUUUUAUUCGCAACGUGUAGAAGAACUGUAAAGGAAAUAAAAUUUUGGGCCAUAUUUCUGACUUUCGCUGAAAUAUGGCCCAAGUUCCGAAGCGUGGUUAGAAAUAUGGGCCUCAAUUAACUUAAUUAUUCAGACGAACAAUUAGAGCAAUAAAACAUUCUGUGUCCUCGGCAGUCAAUCCAACGCUUAUUUCGUGGAUCCACAAUAGGCAACUGGCGCACUGUCGCAUAUCACUUACAGAAUCCUCAUUGCACCCGCCACAUAGCCAAUUUUCUUUCGGCUUUGAUUGGCUUGUUGACGACUUCGUUGAGUUUGCUUGAUAUGAGUGUUCGGUAAAUAUCUCUUUUUAACAGCUGCGGUUUAUAAUUUAAUGCCUUCCUGUUUGGUCUUGAUUCUCGUGUUCAGGAUUUCUGAGAAAUUCAAAUUUUUCUCAGGUGCUGAACAUUUUGCUCCUUUAUUUACGGAGUCCUGCAUUUUAGUCUUGAUAAUAGUUACAUUUAAAAUAUUAAUUUUUUUAUUCGUAUCAGAUGUAAUAGCAGACGCUUGUUGAUCAGUCCAGUGAGAAGAACCAGCACUCGAUUUUUCAUCUAUUUUCAUUCUUGUUGAUGGAUUAUUAUUCUUAAGGAAAUAUGCAAGUGGCAGAUCAUCAUCUGAGCUAUUAUAACUUUCCGCUUCAGCAUCCAUCACUUCAGGAAUGUCUUUAUGUGUCAAGGUAGAUGGAGCAAAAGCAGUCUCUGGAAUAACAUCUGGGUCGAAGGGAAAAAUUCCUGUUGACCUGAAACCACUUUGAAUGUUGCGUAUCGUCAUUGCUUGUUGCCAAACUUUGGUGAAAACAAGUCCAAAUCUCUCCUUUUUUAAUACUCUCAUUGCAGCAGGAUUACUCUCCCAGUACUUCAUCAACUCAAUAUCCCAAUAAUGCUCGAAACUACGAAAAACCGCCUUAUCCAGCGGUUGUAGUUCAUGCGUCGUAUUUGACGGUAAACAGUAAAGUGAAAUGUCAUGUUGUUCAGCCGCUUCCACGAUUAAGAUAUCUAAAUGGCAGGAGGCACCAUCCAAAAUCAGAAGAACCUUACCAGCAGGUUUAUACUUUGACAAAUGCUGCAACCAUUUAAGAAAUAUUUCUCGUGUCAUGCUGCCUUUAGGAGACAUUUCAAGUAUCUACCCAGGAGGCAAAUUGUCGCUGUAAGAGUCCUUUUUCCGCAAGCCUUUGAAUAUUAACAUAGGCGGCACAGCCUGCCCAAGAGCGUUAACACAAGCAACAAUUGUUGCAUUCUCUGCAUGUUCAUUGCAGAUAUUGUGGACCCUGCGUUCCCCUUUGGAUGCCAAGACUAACUGAGAAUAAUGUAAAGUUAGGCGGCACCCUUUUUCAUCAAGAUUAUAUAUCCGCUGUGGUGAGUUUCGAAUGCUUAAUUCGUUAAGGACUUUCAACAAUUUAUCAAAGUGGUCUCUCACAAUAACGUGAUUUAAUUUUUGAGCCCUCGCAGCAUUCAUGGAUUGAGCUUAACUCUUCGAUAUUUUUGGAUGCCGCCCCAAAAAAAUUUUAUACCACGUGAACCCAGCCAUCUCUUUUGAGCUAUUGAAUUUAUGUGAAAUAUUGUUGGUUAUACAAAACUGGUAGACACUUCUUCGCACGGAUUUUGGAGUGAGUGGUAGUCCUAAACGAGAGAGCUUUAAAAUGCGAGCUUCCAACUCUCCCUCUUGUUCGAAAGUAAGUAAAGGUUUACGACCUAACAUUCUAUCGCUAAGACCAGAUUUUAUAUGAUUCCGUAACGUGGUUCUAGGAAUUCCGCAUUUUUGCUACACGUAUCGUUGGCUUUUACCGCUCCUAAGAAGUUGUAAAGCCUCCGACAUCAUAUCUUGAGUCCAAUUUCCUCGAACUCCCCUACAUAAUUUCCCUAUUUUCGACCUGAAAAACAAAAAACUGAAUUAGGAUAGAAGGAUGAAAUGGUCAAAAAUAUGGCCUACCGCCGUGCAGAAAUUUGGCCCGUAUUUCUGCCUAUGUACAAGAUUCAUAUUUUAGGUUAGAUUUUUGUAACCUAUAAAGAUACUUUCUCAAACUCACAAGUUUUGCGAAGGUUAAGGACUACUGUUUCUGUUGAAGCACUUACCUUUAACUGCAAUAUUUCACUUUCAACUUUCACCAAAAUAAUAAUGUAUCAAGUCCUAAGGAACAUAAGCGGCUUACGUGCAGAAAGAGCGCGGAAUUGUGAACUAUAAAUUAAACCUCAUUUACCGACAUGACUGAACCUUAAAAUAAUGAAUCUAUGCAUAAUAACAAAAAAGUCAAGCUUGCAGCGUAUUCUUGUCAGUAUCAAAUAUCUGAUUGGGAUGAUUUGUCUGCAGUAUGUUUACUGUAUUCGUGUCGCUUAUUUUUCAUAUACAAGGCGUUACUGCUACAUGUUUUACAACAAAAAAAAUGGCAAGUCCAUACAGCAGCUAGUUAAACUGAAACACCAUUGUAGUAGCACUGUUUAUUUGCUCUUUUAUCUUUCAUAUGAAAUCUCAAAGAACAACUAAGAUCACAAAAAUGAAAUAAAAUAAUGCUGCGGAACUAAAAAAGUAAUAGGGAUAACUUUGAUUUUGUCCUUUACAAAUCUGAGUUUGUCCAACUCAUAAUUCAGCAGUUUUGAUUUGUGUUUCUUUUGCACUUUUUAUUUGCUCUUUUAUCCUUCAUAGGAACUCUCAAAUAACACCACAACCCACAAGACGAAAUAAAAUAAUGCAGCAAAAAGUGAAAAAGUAACGCGAAUAACUAGUACCUAUCUUGCAUUUCGGUGAAGAAAAUCUGUAUUCAUAUAUAAGUAACUUUAAUUCAGUCCUUUCAAAAUUUGAGUGGGUCCAAAACAAAAUCCAGCCGUUUUGACUUGUGCUUCUUUUCUAACUUUCUGCCAAACGUAGCUCAAAAACCGAUAACGGUUUAAUUUCAAAAAUGUAAGUUGAAGUGGAUCCGUGCUUACACAAUAUUACUCAGGGUUUUUCGUGGGUUUCAGUAACAACGACGGCGAUAUGGCUAACAAACUUUAAUGGUAGUAAGGCACAAAAUAAUUCACUAACUUAAAAAACAUAGAACCCGGUAAUACUUAAAUCCGGAAGAUGGUCACGUCACCUGUUGCCUCUCUCGGCGGCGAAGGGCAACUGCCCCUCGCUCGAUCUAUCACAAUUUCGUCCACUGUUGCCGAGUUGCCGCGCACCACACUGAACCACUACACAACCCCCCACUUAAAUCGAGGUAACAUAGAUUUGUCUCGAAACAGAGCAGAGGGUGCAAGGCAAUACCGGGAACAUUACUCCAGUACAACAUCGCUAGGCUGCUUAUAAGCUUUGAGAUUGAUUACAUUUUCCUUAGAACGAAUCUUACCAUCAAGAUGUCCAAUGACAUAGGAGCUGGGUCCCGCUUGUUGUAACACAGUAUACGGUCCAUCAUACAGUAAAAAGAAUUUAGAAAUUAGUUUAGCUUCGGCGGACGAAUGAGGAUGCGUUUUAACUAGAACCUUAUCGCCCGGGUCAAAAGUAACAGGUUUCAUCACUUUAGCCCUCUUUACCCUUUUUGAAGCCUCCCUCUUCAGUUUUUCAUACGCCACACCUGUAUCCUCCUUCAAUGUCGUACAGUUUACAUCGAAGCGCCACAAACGUAAACAAGAGACAACCCCCCAAGCUUCCUUUUCCGUUACGGUGUAGUUUAAUUGACUUCCAUUCAAAACAGAACUCAUGAGGCAAACAUAUUGUUUCUCCCCCGUAUCGCUAAUCUGGUAAAGACUGCCCCCCACGGCAUAUGCGGAAGCAUCGCAUUGAAUAUAAAAAGUGCGCUUAAAAUCAGGAUGAACAAGCAUCAUGGACUUUAGGAAGGCUGACUUAAUAGCUCUAAAACUCUCCAUUUCAUCGCUUCCCCAGCGCCAUUUUUCUCCUUUCUUCAGCAACUUCAACAAAGGCAUGGUCAAUUCGGCAUACCCGGCGCAGAAUCGAUGUUCAUAAUUGACCAGACCCAAGAACCCUCGCAGCUCUCUUAUAUUUCGUGGAACAGGAAAAUCAGAAAUAUUUUUGACACGCCCCUCGUCUAUUUCGAUUCCCCUUGAUGUGAUCACAUGACCUAGAAAAUGUACCUUUUCCCUAAUAAACUGACAUUUUCUUAGUUUAAUUGUAAUUCCGGCAUCACUAAGUCUCUGAAAAAUCGUCUUCAAAUGCCUUAAGUGAUCCGCUAUGUUCUCCGAGUAAAUUAAUAAAUCAUCAACAUAUGACUGCGCGAAAUCAUUACAGCCCUCCAAUAUCUUAUUUAAGCAUCGAAUAAGACUUGCCAUGGAAGUAGAUAACCCAAAUGGCAAUCGACAAAAACUAUAUGUUUCACCCUCGAACACAAACCCAAGAUAUUUGGUAUGAUCCGGCAAUACUGGAAUUUGCCAAUAUGCUUGCGUCAAGUCUAUUGUGCUCAUAAUUUGCCCCUGUUUAAAAUUGGCCAUUAAUUCAGACAGAUUGGGAGGAUUCACGAAAUCCUUCUUCAUCUUUGAGUUCAGCCCCCGAGCGUCCAAAAACACGCGAAUAUUCCCAUCCCUUUUCUUCACGCAAACUAACGGCGAAAUGUAGGAAGUUCUUGCCUUUUGAAUAACACCAGCCGCUAACAUUUCACCAAUCUGCCUUCUAACUUCAUCCCGAUAAACCAUAGGAACAGGAUAAGCCACAAAAUUAAAUUCAUUUUCAUCCACUAGCUCAAUUUGAUGAAAAUAGUUGACGACGCGUCCCGGUGUAUCAGAGAAUGUAUUCCUAUAUUUUUCCAAAAUACUUAAAAGUGAAGCCUUAGCACUCGCACUCAAAGUAGUUUUCGCUGCUGCUGCCUGAAUAUCCUUCGCGCUGUAGCCUUUACUGCGGGAAUCACCGUCAUCAACGCUGUACUCUACCAGUGGCGUAACCCUGCUAGCUUUAUUUUCGACUACAUCAAACACAUAAUCAUUUUUCUCGCAGAGGUUUAUAGAUAUUUUCUGCGGAUCAAUCCGAAAUGACAGCUUCGUAUUUAUGGAAACCCCUUCUAUCAUUAGCUGUGAAUAUUGAUAAUCCAAACGUGCAUGAUGCUUGGAUAACCAAUUUGAUCCAAAUAUCAAAUUGCAAUUGAGUUGUGGUAUAACCAAACAGUUCACAUCCAUAUCUAUUCCAUCUAAUUGAACUGGAAUCAAGAUUUGCGACUUUAUCUUCUGCGUUUUACCGCCUAUUGCUACAGAGAUCACUCCUCGUAUGACCGGUAAAAUUGGAAAUUUCCCGAGAUUGCUUAACUCUGAAUAGAAUUUCUCCGAGAUUGCGCAUAUAUCUGAGCCGCUGUCGAUCAAUACUUCUACUAACAUACCAAAAAUAUGUAUCGAUAUGGUCGGCGAAACUUUUUCAUCAUCCUGCAUUAUAUCCUCCGGGUCGCUUAAAAGAUCGAUGUCUGGAUCCCCCAUGCAAGCCAGUGAACGCACGGUAUGUCCCUCAUUAUUUCCCCUAGCGGUCGGCCGCGUAUCUCUCGAUAUCUCUCGCUCGGAAUUUGUUCGAUUAUUUUCAGAUCGAUUACUAUAACCCUGCGCAUUAUUCAUGUUCCUAUUCGAACCCCCCACAGUAGACAAUUCGUCAAUACGUCUCAGAUAUUCCUCUACCGUAUCAGGCGACGUAAAAUUAUUAAUAAUCAUGCCCCGCUGGACUUCCACAUCAAAAUGUUUUACCAACAUUCCAAUUACAUUUUGCAUCGGAAUUUUAUUAUCAAGAAACUUUGCUUGCGCCACCAGAUUCAAGAAAUAAUCUGCUCGACUGCCAUACGAGUGCGUACCGUAGACCAACGUCAUAUACAACUCUCUUUGUUUUUCAAUGCUCCAGAAUCUAUUUUUAAACGCUAGGCGAAAUGAAACAUAGUCGGCAAAACAAUCCUCCUUAACGCUAGCCCAAUCGGCCGCCGAACCUCUUAAGCAACCAACAGCUAAACCCAACUGCGCAUGCUCAGGAACACCUGCAUCGCUAAAUAUUUUUUCAAUUUUCUUUAAAAAUAGCAUUGGGUGCAUUUGCCCAUAGUUUGAAAAUGUGAUAUUACCACCCCCUAACUCUUUCCAGUUUAUUAUAUAGGAUCUAUCUUUAAUUACAGUCGAACAAUCAUCUAUUCCUUUAGAAGUACAAACAGUCUCCGGCACUGUCUCUAUUCCAGACAUCAGGCCCUCAUAUCGUGUGUCGGACGUUGCCACCUUCUCAGCUAGUUGCCCUACCGUACUUUUUAACUCUGUCACUGAUAUUGCCAAAUUUCUAACUAAAGACUCAAGGUCCUCCUGCACCUCCUUUGUACUCUCUGCCCUGCCUCUCCGCGACUUUCUGCUAGACAUUUCUACUGCUUACCUAAACGACAAAUCGUUACAAUACUACAGUAAACUAAAACAAGGAAAGUUUUUUUUUUGUUACAAUGACUGUUUCAACACAGUAAAUAAUCGUUCAUAUCCCCCUCUGCUCCACCAGCUAUCUCCUAACGCCUCACUGCUUCUCUACCAGCGCCUCGGUGCUCGUACAGAACCCCCCAACAGCAUACACACCCUCAGCUUUCCAAAAAUGAAAAUGACUUCUCACCCAGAUCUGCUUACUCCUCUUACAACCGACAACACCGCCUGGCUCGUGCCGCUUGAACACAGCAACGCCUCAACGCCUGCUUCUACGUCACGCCGUGCCGCCAAAAUCAACCGUCUUCACCUACGCGUACCGUUUUCGUCGCGUCUCGUUCCUUCUCUAUCUAACACCUUGCAACCGUAUCGCGCUACGCCGUUCUACCGCCACGAGUUGGGCGCCAAAUGAAGUGGAUCCGUGCUUACACAAUAUUACUCAGGGUUUUUCGUGGGUUUCAGUAACAACGACGGCGAUAUGGCUAACAAACUUUAAUGGUAGUAAGGCACAAAAUAAUUCACUAACUUAAAAAACAUAGAACCCGGUAAUACUUAAAUCCGGAAGAUGGUCACGUCACCUGUUGCCUCUCUCGGCGGCGAAGGGCAACUGCCCCUCGCUCGAUCUAUCACAAUUUCGUCCACUGUUGCCGAGUUGCCGCGCACCACACUGAACCACUACAAAGUUUAAAGCAUCUUACAAAUCUCACAUUUCUGUGAAGAAAAUCUGUAUAUAUACAUUGGGAUAAGUUUGAUUUGGUCCUUUUCAAAUCUGAAUUGGCACAGCCCAAAAUCCAGCAGUUUUGAUUUGUGCUUCUUUUGCAACUUCCUCCCAAAAUCAGCUCAAAAACCUAUAAAGGGUUAAUUUCAAAAAUGUAGCUUCAAAUACCUUACAAACUCCACAUUUCUGCUAAGAAAAUCGCUCUCUAAAUUCAGCAGUUUUGAUUUGUGCUUCUUUUUGUUACUUUCUCCCAGAAGCAGCUCAAAAACUUAGAAAGGUUUAAUUUAAAAAAUGUGGGUUUAAAAUAUCCCACUCUUCUGCGAAGAAAAUAUUUAUUUGUACAUAAAGAUAACUUUGAUUUAGUCCUUUCCAAAUCUGAAUUGGUCUAACUCAAAAUAAAGCAGUUUUGAUUUGUGUUUCUUGUGUAACUUCCUCCCAAAAGCUGAUAAAGGUUUAAUUUUAAAAAUGUAGGUUUAAAAUACAAAUGUGGUCUUCUUGCAAGAGAAAUGAUUGGAAAAUAUAUCAAAAACAAAUGUUCCAAAAUUAUGUUAAAACAUGGUUUCAAUUUUAACUCAAUAUUGUAGAGACUGAACUCUGCGGUGGAUAUCAUACACCUAGCUAUUGCAAGACUCUCAAAUGUUUGCAAACACAAACCUAACCUCUAAUGUUUUACUCACAAAAAGUUGUUUAAGCUGCACAGCCAUUUUUUGAGAUGCGAAAAUAUCUUGGAAAAGUUACUCAAACAUGAGAAUAAAGGGACGUUUUAAAAACGCAAAUAUGUAAAUAUCACUAAUGCUAGCUGCUAACCUAGAGAAAGUUAUUGGGCUGGUUGCCUAUCUUCAUGUAGAAUAUGUUAUCAAUGGUGCUAAAAAAUUUGAUGGAAAUCAUUAUGAUAUGGAAAGAAAACAAUGGUUGUGUUCUUUUAGACCAUUCUAUAUAUUUUUUAUAUGUAUAAGCACAAGGGUACUGAUUUUUCUGAAAAGUAGCUUGCUGAUGGCUGACUCGAAAUGAUCUCUGAUAAAUGUAUCUUUUAAUUGCAUAUUCUGUUCAAUAAACAUUUUUAGAAAGUGGUACUGUACAUAUAUAUUUGGUAUGUCAAUACGGGACUGUCAGGUGUCAACAUGUUCACACGAUAUACUCAUCGUCUGUAUUGGUCGAUUUUGUUCUUUGCAUGGGCAGGGUGUAGUGAAGAUAAGCAUGAUCUUUCUUUUUUCGGAUUAUUUUUGGAAUGAGGAUAGGAUAUUUAAAGGCGUGUUUCCAGUGUGCUAGAAUUACAACUUUCUAGUUCCUUGAAGACCGCAUUUUGCAGACUAAGUCGCAUAUUACAGCACUACAGAGACAAAUGAUGUAAAAGUUUUCCAUCGAAUUCGAUUUUUGACAUCCAUUCCUUAUGAAACAUGUUCUUUACAUCCUUGUUUUAGCUGGGUAUUUGCGCUGGUUUGUAGUGGGAAUCAUCAUAAACUUUCUAUGCGCGUGCGUCCAUAUGUAUGACAGUCAGGCUCCAGUCCAUUAUGGACACUCUUGAUGCUCUUACUGUGAGUUGCAUAAUCCAGUGUUGUUUUUUUAUAUUGAAAACUGGUGUACUACAUGCAAAAAUCACAUUUCCAGAAGUAUUCUCAAGAAAAAACCUGACUGUUUCAGCUGCUUAUUUAGUGUUUGUCAAAUUAAAAAACUAUGAAACUACAUGAAAAUUUGUGAAAAAUAUCGAUGGGAAAUGUUUUAGGCGGCGUUUCUGUUUUGUGAUAUCCAAUUUUCCUCUUCCUCCUUUGGAGUUUCCAAAAUGGUUGUUUGACCCACCAGGGUAAAUCUCCCUGUACAAUGAGGCACAUAUUCUGGUUUUAAUGUCUGGCAAGACACGAGAAUUUCCACUUUCGGUUUUUAUAUUUUGAAAUUUUGAGGUAAGAAUUAUUUUCUCAUGCAGCUCAUUUUAUUGAUAAUACGAAAUGUUUUGUUACAGAGAAGGUCUUUUUAAUUUUUUCGGGAUUUUUUUGGAAGCAUUGUACUUAAACUUUCUUUUCCUCCACUCGAUUGGUUGUAAUAUAAUACUUCAGACGCCAAGUGGUAAACGUCUAGCAAGAGAAAAACAGAUCUGAAGUCGAUUUUAUAGCGUGAAGUAUUUUUUGGAAAAUGGAAAAAGAAUUUUUAAUGUCAAUAGACUAAAAGUAACACCUACAGUUUGAUUGAAACCUAACCACAGAUCAAUGACCUUUUUCUUUAUAGAAAAGUUAAUAGAUUUAUUGAGAAACUGGAAAAUAGAACUGUUUACGAGUAUUUGUUAUUUUCGAAGUACAUAUAUGGUCUCUUUUCAGCGACAAUUUUGUUGGAAAGUAGGUUCCAUUGUAGGAUGUUGACUGCAUAACUUCCUUUGCUUUGGGUGCUUUUACAUAAAGUUUUCAAUAAAAAUGUUAUUCCAGAUUUAUCUAUUUUAUUAAAAACAUUUAAUAUGUAUUAUUUUUGAUAUUGCUUUUACCUACGAUUCUUUCCACAGAAAUAUUUCACGCCUUGUCGACUGGAGUUAAUUUAUUUGCC